AAACAAACUUCUUCUUCCAGUAUGCGUAUGCCCUUUUUAUCGAUUCUAAAUUACAUCGGUGUCUCUUCGUUGUUGAAGCCUUCUUUCCAUUUUGAUUUAGUUAGCAGAGUUUCCAGUAGUGUGAGCCAAUCGCAAUCAACUUUGAAAAAAAGAAGGAGAAGGGAUGCCCAUAUGGCGAAAGUAGGUCGAAGGUCGGUUGACGAUUGUCGGUUUGACUGUUGACUGUUGUUUUCAAAAAUUUUGAACGCUCUUUGUUUGAAUAACUUUUAUGAACUGUUUUAUUAACCUUGCUGGAUAUCAAGUUUUUAUUAUUUUGAGUGACAAGUUUUAUUAUUACUUUUAUUUCAUCAAAAUAUUCAUGGGUAACUCAUCUGGCAUACAGAGUAUCAGGAAUGAAGAUAACGGUGGAGUUGAGCCACCUGCCACCAGAGUGCUCCCAACAAUUAAAGAUCCACGUUCACCUACUGAGGGCAUUGUAAGAACUCCAAUUGAGGUGAAUAGUACGCCGAAAACAGCGAGUGAGAUGAACGCUCAGAGAGCGUUGAAUGGAGAUUCGCCGUCGAUUUUAAGCGGAAGCAGAAUGACUGAGGUGAAAAGACGCAGUGUCUAUAAGAUGCAAGUGGAAGGCUUGCCGGCAACGGGCGGGUUGUACGAGAAGCCCUACCUCGAGACAGACCUGGAUGCGAUUGGAGACGGUGUCGUUGUCACCAAGGCCAUCAUACAGCAUCGUCGAAUCGCACAGCUGCUGCAAAUGGAUAGUCAGCCUGCCAGCACAAACGACGAACAAACUUCCAAGAAUACCUGCAUUGACUCAUUGAGUGCCCGAAUUGAUCGGGUAUCCUUCGACGACACUUCAAUUAUAUUGAAAGCUGAUAGAAAUGAUAGCUGUAUGGAGGAUGAAAUGAUCGUAAACCAGCUGCAAUCUGAGGAGAAUUGGCAGACACCAGUGAAAGAAGGAAGACGAAGUAUUUCCUUCGAAUCUCUAGACGAAUUCUUAUUGACAAUCGAAGAACCUAAAGAAGAAAGAACUCGUAAAGCUUUAAAAGCCAGGCCAUUCAUGACCCCAGAUGGAAAGAAAAUGAAAAAAUCUCUGACUCCAAGAAGACCGCUGAGUUGUCUGUCGAAGAACAUCAACUUGGAGACCACAAAGAGCGGCGUGAAGCGCAAAGUGUGGCGUGACAUUGGAGAAGAGCGCAAGAGGAGGGGGGUGCAUUUGGCGGACGAGAACACACCACCCACCGCUCUGCCGCCCCUCACCGACAAGGUCUCCUCUGCCCCCGGCAAGCUAAUCAGGCGACGACGCAUUGUGGACUGGGAUCACGAUGCCACCGUCUUCAUUUAGCCUAAUUCUGACCCCGCCAAUCAACAAUAAUUAUUCAUUUAUUCUUCCAAUAGAUCUUGACUGCUGCUUAGAUAAGAUAAUUGAUAUUUUCCUGUCGGUACUUUUUGCAUCCAGCUUUCGUAAGAUCCACUUUAAACUAUCAGAUUUGGUGUCAUUUAUAACGAAUGCUAACAGUUUAAAGUGAAUCCACUACAGUAGUAGAUCAUUUAUGUGAUUAUCUAAUACAUGAUUUUAUACAAUAUUGAGGAAAACUAUUAAUAUAAAAGUGAUUAAUUUAUCACUUUUUUCACUUUCAUGAUUAAUAUUUGAUUAUUAUGUUUUCAAUAUUCUACAAAAUUAAUCUCAUCAUCAGUUGGAUUUAUAUUGCAGAAAUCGAGUUUCUUGUAAGUUGGGUUUGUAUAAACAAUGUUGAAAUUCCAUCUUUUUUCUCUGGGUUGGUGAUAAUAUUGAAAACCGUAAAUGAAAUUGUUAAAAUGUCACAAAAUGCAAAUGACAAAGUCAUAAUUAAGCAUGAUAUUUCGGAGUUCAAUCAAUGAAUUUUGUUAUCUGAAUAAUUGUUAUUAAGAUCAAAUCAUAAUUAUUAUAAAAUGAAGUAGCAAAUUGGAUAUCAAGAAAGACUAAACAAAUUAUAAGUAUUAUUCAUAAUAGCUUUCUUUCAAUUUAUUCUCUUAAUUAUAAGCAGUUGUUGCUUCACUAUCAUAUUUAGUGUUUUACUAACUUUAUAAGUUAUUAUAACUUCUUGUAUUAGGAAGUACUAAUUUUUUCAUUUACUUCCAAGUAAGACUUGAUAUCAUUUUUUACAUUUACUGGAAAAAUCACCAAAGACAUUAUAAUGUUUCCUUGACUCAAAGUGAUUUUACUCAAAGAUUUCGGAAACGAAAUAGCUGUGAUUUUUGUAAUUUAGACCAAAGUAGUAAAUGUGGAAGAAUUUUUCCAAAUUCAUGUUUCUUGUCAUUUUUAUCUAGCUUGUGCAUACUUUUUAUGUGCAUGUGUGGUUGCUCCAAUGAGCUAAUGAAAGCAUUCCUUGUUAGAAUAAGAUUUAAUACAUUGUAUUUUUGGUUGAAAUAAAAAAUUGUGCUGGAAA